CCCCUAAGUAUGGCCACCCUUUACGGGUAAUUAGGGUUCUCUUUAUUUGAAGCUGUGCACAUACAAAACAGCCGCUCUGCCGCCAUCUCAGUCCUUUCCACUGACCGGAAGAGCCGUCGAAGCUCUGUGAGUUUUACUCUUUCAUCUUCCCAGAGGAAUCUGUGCCUUGAGCAUCGACCAAGAAGAUGUCAGGAGAAGAAGGUGUCCCUGCUGCUGAGACUGCAGCCCCAGCUCCGGGCGAGCCGAUGGAUCUUAUGACAGCAUUGCAGAUUGUGCUAAGGAAGUCCCUUGCCCAUGGUGGGCUUACACGUGGGCUCCACGAAGCUGCCAAAGUAAUCGAGAAGCACGCUGCCCAGCUCUGUGUACUAGCAGAGGACUGCAAUCAACCUGAUUAUCUAAAGCUGGUGAAGGCGCUUUGCAACGAGCACAAUGUCAACUUGAUUAAUGUGCCUAGUGCUAAAACUCUCGGCGAGUGGGCUGGUCUUUGCAAGAUUGAUUCUGAGGGAAAGGCAAGGAAGGUGGUUGGUUGCUCUUGUGUUGUUGUCAAGGACUUUGGGGAAGAGACAGAGGCUCGCCACGUCGUUAUCGAGUAUUUGAAGUCUAACUGAGACAUUGGAGCUGCAAGUUACUUGGGGCAUUAGGACUUUAUAAGACAGAUUAGUUACGAGUCUUUUUCUUUUUCCGCUGCUGCUACUUUGAGCUUUGCAAAGACAUGAAAUCCUGUUUUAUCAUUACAUUGUUCUUUUCUUGGUUGGCUUAACUCGAAGAUUUUGUCAUCUGUGGUAUUUACUUGAUGCAAGAGAUUGUAAAUGACAUCAUUUGAGUCAAUAUUUCAAGUUAGAAUCUGCCGUUGUUAGCAGUUUGGA